AUGCACAGCCGGGGCUACAGCGGCUACGGGUAUGAAAGGCUGUCGUUCGCAGAGCCGGAGUCCCCGACGCCCACGUCGCCAAGUGAUGUCGAAGCUUUGGUCAAGAGAGUCAACGAGGAGGAUGUCAAGGUAGUGUCCCCGGUGCCAAUCCUUCGUUACUACAGGGCGACUGUGUCCGUGAUCAGCCAGCAGAUGCCAGAGAUUCGGGUAAAUUCCGAAGGCAGCUAUGCAAUCUCAAUGGACUUUGUUUUGGCAUCGGUGCUGCUUACUGUGUCGCUAUGUGUUAUCGGGCCCAUUUUCGUGCCAGUAGCAGUCGCCGUAUGCGUUGUUUUUGAGACCGACCGACGGUGGCAAGAUUUGGUGGUGCAGCCUUUGGUCAUUGGCUUGGCAACGUUGCCAUUGUAUCUCUUGUGGACGAUGGCCGAAGCUGUUCACAAGAAGGAAACGUUGCGCGAGUUCAGGAAUCUUGACAACUCGAUGCUGGAGAUUUGCGGGCCGUUUCUCUGCUACCUGAUCAUCUCUCUGUUGUUCAUAGCUGAUGUGUGUCAGCGCUGCAUCGAACUGGGUGCCGGCCAAAUGGUCUUGGACGAGAUGCAUGAAAUCAGAGAGCAGCGAAACUUCGUCUUGAAUACCAAUGCGGAAAGCAGCAUGGAGACUGCAUCACAGGACGACCUGAACAGCCAGUUGCAAGAAUUUGCUUUCUACAUGGACAAACAUGUUUGUGCACUCAAUCACUUUCGAUGUAGACUGUUGCAGCAGUGUCCAAGAAAGCUCACGAGCGAGUUCAUGAAAGCCAUGAUGCGCAUGCUGGUUGUUCCAGACGACGACUCCGCGAGUGCGUUGUUGCAACAACGGUUGCAGGAGGCUGCUCCAGCGCGUGUCCCACCGCAGUGGAGGGCCGUGUUCAUGAUUUGUGCCCUGGUUCCAGCGCUGCUUCCAACACUGCACCGAUGGCUGAAGGGCAGCGACGACAUUUUUUCAUCCAAACAUGACGGAGUGUGGCGCUGCCAGCGCACAUACAUGUUCAUGAUGUUCUUUACAUCGUGGCACCUCAUCAUCUCGUGUGCGCGUCUCAUCGACGGUCUGAGCAACCUACAGCUUGCCACACUUGCCAAGUUGUACAUGUCCGCACCUCGCAAGCGUCGUGCUGUUUUAGCAGCAACAUACAGGUACGAUUUUGGUCGCCUUGUUCUCGUCGCUAAUGAAAGCCGCAACGAUCUCAGUGAUCAAGUUCGCAGAGACCCAGUGCCCUUGAAAGAUGCGGAGGAUCAUGAAGAGAAUCUGUUGUCCCGGACUAUUUCUCAGGGAUAUGGGCACUUGCGCUAUGUGGUGUCAAGCAGCUCCUGGCGGGUGAUGCAACUUGAAUAUGUAACUCAUAUGCCUUCCGAUCGCACUGAUCCCAUGUCAGCGCCGGACGUGAGGUCUGCGGAAGCUCCGGAUCAAGAGUUGAAAUCGUUGCCUUUCCUUGCCGCACGCAAGUUUUCCUUGCUGCAACUGUUGACGAGAGCAGAUUGUUUGGUGCUGGAGAUGAAGUCUCAAAUCAUUCUUAUGCUCUUGUCUCUGAUACUUGUGUCUUGUGGACUGAUUCUUGUCCUUUCAGUCUUCUUCCACAUUCAUCAACGCGGCAUCAUGCUCUUCUUCUGUUGUGUGAUGUUUCCUGUGAUUCUGAUUGUCAUCCUCACUAUCACGAACCAGUUGGUGAUGCUGGACAAUCACCUCUUUGAAGACACGGUCAAGAUUCUGCAGGGUUGGAGAAUGCGCCUGGAGCGAUUAAGAUUCUCAGCUACUCUCCACAUCCACACCUCCACCGAGCGAACAGCCCUGGACGGUUUCCUGAGCAGUCUCAUCGAUCCGAUUGACGAUCUCAUUGACCACACCAAGAACUGGCAGAAACGUGUGAUGGUUUUCGGCAUGGAAACCUCCACACCUCGCCGCAAUCAAUUGCUACUAUCAGCUUUUGUCUAUUUUGCCUGGCUCUCGUGGGGGUUCCUGAAGGACGCAUCUUGGUUUACUGGCCUGUAG